AUGACCUGCAGAUCAGGAUUCGGCGGCCGCGCCUUCAGCUGCUUCUCAGCCUGCGGGCCCCGGCCCGGCCGCAGCUGCAUCACGGCCGCCCCCUACCGCGGCGCCUCCUGCUACAGCAGCCUCACCGGGGGCUUCAGCAGCCGCAGCCUCAGCGGGGGCUUCCGCGCCGGCUCCUGCGGCCGCAGCUUCGGGUACAGCUCUCGCAGCGCGUGCGGCCCCAGCCCGCCCUGCAUCACCACCGUGUCAGUCAACAAGAGCCUCCUCACGCCCCUCAACCUGGAGAUCGACCCCAACGUGCAGUGUGUGAAGCACGAGGAGAAGGAGCAGAUCAAGUGUCUCAACAACAGGUUCGCUUCCUUCAUCGACAAGGUGCGCUUCCUGGAGCAGCAGAACAAGCUGCUGAAGACCAAGUGGCAGUUCUACCAGAACCGCCAGCGCUGCGAGAGCAACCUGGAGCCCCUGUUCCAGGGCUACAUCCAGACGCUGAGGCGGGAGGCCGAGCGCAUGGAGGCCGACAGCGGGAGGCUGGCCUCAGAGCUCAGCCACAUGCAGGAGGUGCUGGAGGGCUACAAGGAGAAGUACGAGGCGGAAGUCGCUCUGAGAGCGACAGCGGAGAAUGAGUUUGUGGCUCUGAAGAAGGAUGUGGACUGCGCCUACCUCUGCAAGUCAGACCUGGAGGCCAACUCAGAGGCCCUGAUUCAGGAGAUCGACUUCCUGCGGCGACUGUAUGAGGAGGAGAUCCGAGUUCUCCACGCCAACAUCUCAGACACCUCGGUCAUCAUCAAGAUGGACAACAGCCGGGACCUGAACAUGGACAGCAUUGUGGCCGAGAUCAAGGCGAACUAUGACGACAUUGUCGCCCGCAGUCGGGCCGAGGCUGAGAGCUGGUACCGCAGCAAGUGUGAGGAGAUGAAGGCCACGGUGAUCCGGCACAGGGAGACCCUGUGCCGCUCCAAGGAGGAGAUCAAUGAGCUGAACCGCAUGAUCCAGAGGCUGACGGCCGAGGUCAAGAAUGUCAAGUGCCAGAACUCCAAACUGGAGGCCGCAGUGACCCAGGCUGAGCAGCAGGGCGAGGCGUCCCUUAAUGAUGCCCGCUGCAAGCUGGCCAGGCUGGAGGAGGCCCUGCAGAAGGCCAAGCAGGACAUGGCCUGCCUGCUCAAGGAGUACCAGCAGGUGAUGAACUCCAAGCUGGGCCUGGACAUCGAGAUCGCCACCUACAGGCGCCUGCUGGAGGGCGAGGAGCACAGACUGUGUGAAGGCGUUGGGGCCGUGAAUGUCUGUGUCAGCAGCUCCCGGGGCGGGGUCGUCUGUGGGGACCUCUGCGUGUCCGGCUCCCGGCCCGUGACUGGCAGCGUCUGCAGCGCCCCCUGCAGCGGGAACCUGGCGGUGAGCACCGGCCUAUGUGCGCCCAUUGGCCCCUGCAGUUCCGUCACGUCUUGCGGCGUGGGCCCCUGCGGCAUCAGCUCCUACGGCGUGGGCUCCUGCGCCAGCAGCUGCCGCAAAUAUUAG